AUGGCACCUGGCUCCUCAGCUUACCUCCUGGCCACCAAGCAAUGUGAAGAUCCCUUUCUGAAUGGACUGGACAAAACCCCUAGUGAAAUUAAUCAUAAUGAUGCCAAACAUCUGGCAGAGGAUUCAGGAUCUGAAAUGUCAGAAAACUUGGCAAAGAGGUCUAAAGUAUCAACUAUUCGGAGGAUAUUUGAUAUGGCCAAGCAUCGGACCAAGCGAUCCUCUUUUAUCUCAACUGGAGUGAAGGACUUCCAUUACGUUACGAGUGUGGUGAAAGAGAGAGAUUCCUGCUGGAUUGGAGCCAUUUUAGGGGCAAAGGGAGUGAGCUUCGAUUUCCACAGACACUUAGAGACUUUGCUAGUCUUCUUUUGCCAGGAAGCAGUAUGGGAGGCUUUCCAGAUCUUUUUGGAUCGGAUUCCAGGUACAACCGAAUAUCAGAACUGGGUGACAGCUUGUCAGAGAGAAACCUUCUAUAUAUUUGACAUUGGAAAAAAUUUUAGUAAUUCCCAAGAACACCUGGAGAUAAUUCAAAGGCGAGUAAAGCAUAGAACAUUCCAGGAUAGAAAAGAGGACAUUUCUCCAGAAAAACCCAGUGGCAAAAAACCUGAAGAACCACCUUCUCUUGUCACAGAUACCCUUGUGAAUGAGAUUGUCAAUGACACCAAAACGCCAGGAAAGCUAAAGCCAGAAGUUCCAAACAUCAUUUCCAAGCAGCCUGUGCAGCAAACGGUGGAGUUCAGUGUCACUCUCAGCAACCAGGAAUAUACACCAGACCUGAAUAACCCAGGUUCUCCUCUGUAUCAGAAACUAGCAGCAAAAUAUCAAGUCCAGAUGCAAAAGAUAUUUGAAAAACUUGCAGGUUUCAAAGAAAUUCGUGUCUUGGGAUUUAGACAGAAGAAGGAAAAAGAUGGGACAAGCAGCACUGUGGCACAAUAUAUUGUCAACUUUGAAAGAGAUGGUUCAGACCUACCUGCGGAUGGUACUGACAUCAAAAAAAUUGAAAGCGAGAAGAGCACUCUUGGUGAAGAGAAGGAGAUACCUACAUUUGUACCGAAAAUAGCAGAUCUUCAGCAGAUGGUUGCCAUGCUCCUACAAGAAGAUAAAUCAUUAUUCGUGGACUUUGAAACACUCCAGUUUAAGGAUGAAAUCAUAAGGCCGCCUAGUGAUAUAAAUAAUGAUAUGCAGCCAAUGGUAACAGAUGCUCUAGCCGGAGCUGAGUUGACUUCUGAAAUGCCUUUCAUUUAUGCAAAUGUAGCAACAGUGACAAAAACCUUUAGUGAGGUACAUUACCCAGUCUCCACCAUGUCUUCUACUGUCUUGGAUACCACAAGGAUUCUCUUUCCUUCAACAUUUAAAGAAAUCACCAGUCAGAAGACUGAAGAAGAAACGACAAAAUAUACAAUUUCCAGCAUCCUCUCUGAGCAAGAGGAAAAGACUACAGAACAACUGGAAUCUUCGGGGGAGGAGCCUUUGACCACAAUUCCAUCUGUCGUUCAUUCCACAGUUCUUCCAAGAGAUGAUAUUUUAGAGCCUACAGAUCCGUUGACUUUAUUGCCAGCAGAUACCUCCAGUGGCCCUUCCACUGACAUGGACCAAUUUUUUGAAGCCACAAGCUCCAAAAGUUGGGCAAUCUCAACUGAUUUUGAAAUGGGAGUGCAGGACCAUGCCACUGACUUAGUUAUCACUGACAUGGUGGCUCCAGUGGCAGAGGAGGAGGAGGAGGAGAAGGGAAGUGGCUACCAUACAUUGCCAGAAACCCCAGGUAUGACUCCAGCUCCUACCCUGAAGUAUAUAACCACAAGCUCCAUGACAGCUGCAAUCCAAGGCCAAGAGCUGGUGGUCUUCUUCAGCUUGAGGGUGACCAACAUGCGCUUUUCCAAUGACCUCUUCAAUCAGAGUUCCCCUGAGUACAAAGCACUUGAACAACAGUUCGUACAGCUGCUGGUUCCCUACCUACAAUCCAAUCUAACAGGGUUUAAGCAGUUGGAAAUACUGAAUUUCCGCAAUGGAAGCGUGAUUGUAAAUAGCAAAAUGAAGUUUGUGGAGUCAGUGCCAUACAACAUCACAGAGGCUGUUCACUGUGUGCUGGAAGAUUUCUGCAAUGCAGCUGCUCAGCAUCUUAACUUGGAAAUUGACAGCUCUUCUCUUGAAAUAGAGCCAGCGGAUCAAGCAGACCCUUGCAAGUUCUUGGCAUGUAAUGGAUUCUCACGGUGCCUAAAGAAUGACUGGACAAAGGAGGCAAUUUGUCUUUGUAAACCUGGUUAUGCAAGAAAAAAUGGCCCGCUUUGCCGUAGCAUAUGUGAGACAGAGCCAUACCUUUGUGCUAAUGGUAGCAAAUGCGAAUUGGUUCCAGGAAGAGGUGCAGUGUGUAGGCCCCAGGAUACAAAACAAAAAAUAACAAGUUAGCAUCUGAAAGUUUGAAUUCCAGAGACCAUGAAGGUGCUUUAGGAACAGGACCUCUUCUAACAUGGAAGCUCAGUGGAAUCUUUGAGGAAGAAGGAGGACAACCACAAAAUCCAUCUUUUUCUUCCCCAUAAAGAUAUGGAACAUUUUAACUGAAGUUUAUCUCUCUUUUUUUUAAGGCAGAAGCUGCAAUUAAUUUCCUCAAAACUGUUUAACUUUAUAGUAUCCCUAUCAACAUAAAUGCAAUGCUAAAUGUAACAUAUUUAGUAAAUAUCCAGUGUUUAUAUGCUAAAUAUUUUUGUUGCUUAGUUGUAAGUCAAGUCCAUGUAUUACAGGUAGUCCUCAACUUAUGACUAUUUGCUUGGUGAGUGUUCAAAGUUACAGCAGCACUGACAUAUGACGGGUCCUUGCACUUACAAUAGUUGUAGCAUCCUACAGUCAUGUGUUUGCCAUUUGCUAUCUCCCCAGCCAUUUUCUAAUCAGCAAAGUUAAUGGGGAUGCCAGCAGGAGAUCGCAAGUAAUGGUCAUGUGAUGUCUCAAUGAUCAUGGGUGAUUCACUUAACGACUGUGGCAAAAUGGUUGUAAAAUCCAGUGCAGUCACAUGAUGCCUCACUUAAUGACAGUACUGUUUAACAAGAAAUUUGUAAGUGUAGGAUUAACUGUAUUGAUAAACUACCCCAAAAUUAAAAAGGCAUCAGGGUGACAUACUGCAUAUGAUCAAUAAUAUAACAAUAUUUCAAAUGUAGUAAUUGGAAAAUCAGACUGUAGACCCCAGAAACCUAUCCAAAACCUAUAAUGAUGUUUCAUAGUUGUCCUUUUCUAAUCCUAUCUCCACCAUUAAUGGCAUCAAUUACAUUUUUUAAAAAAUUGUCACUGAAAGCAAAAUGACUUCAAAAUUAAACGCAACUUUUCUUAAAGUUUCUUUUAAAGAACGUGACUGUAAAUAUCAAGCUGCCUUUAGGAAGAAAUAUGUUUGCUGUUAUCUUUAAAUACAUAAGUUUCAUAGAAUAGAGACACUGAAACACAAAUAUAAUUGUUAGUUCUGUAUACGGCUUAUCUUUCUAUCUAUGGGGACAUUUAGGUUUAAACUAAAUAACUCCACAAUCAAAAUUAGGCUUCAAAAUACUUUAUACACUUGAUGCAAAUUGGCAGUAAUGCAUGCAUGCCCAUUCACAAGACAUAACCUGGCUGCAACAGAAAACCAUGCCUUAGAUGAUCAACCUCAUUUUCACUAGUUUUGAAGCAGCUCAGGUCUAAUGAAAUGGACUUUCUCUCUUAACUACACAAUUAAAGCCACAAUUACCUUCAAAUAGAGGAGCAUAGUAUGAGCUCUAAGUGGCAGGGUUUUACAAUGGUUUAGCAUUCCCUACUUCCUUAUGCUCUGGCAGAUGGUGUCCUUUAAUGCUCAAGUGUAUUUCUGCUCUGGGUAUAAUCUAUGUACUCUGAACCAUCUUCUUUUCUAUGCACAAUUAGGCAUUACAGCUUGUCUAAGCAGUAAAGUGGCAAUUGCUUUCUAAAGAUGGUUACCUCUUGGAGCCUAUCUCUCUAAAACAGGGGUGUCAAACUCGAUUUCAUUGAAGGCCGCAUCAGGGUUGUGUUUCACCUCAGAGGGCCAGGGUGGCCGUGGCCUGGGUGGGUGUGGCCUGCUCGACAUCACUCGUGUUGGGGGCUCCUGUGGCUCUGCCAGUGAAAACGAGCUCCCAAGCUCCGUUUCUGGCUAUGACAGCCUCCUGCAGCCUUCUGCCAGUGAAAACGGAGCUUCACUUUUUCCAGGGUGGCCCUGCAGGCCCAAUCUAAGCACUCCGCAGGCCAGAUCUAGCCCACCGGCCUUGAAUUUGACACCCCUGCUCUAAAAAGUAAACUUCACUGGACAUUCUCUAGUGUCAAGAAAAAAUUAUUCUUGGGACCCUUUGUAUAUGCUGUUGAUACUUUGGGGGUUAUAUUAAGAAGAUACUGAUAUCCCUUUGCUGCAUUUUAGUGGUUGCCCUGAUUUAGUAGCUCUAGUUUGCUGCAUAAAGUAAGAAGUUGGGCUUGGUGUGUUCCCACUGCAGAUGUUAAGAUAUAACCAUGAGUUACUCUCUUAUGGGACACAUCUAGAGGUACAGUACCCUGCUUCAUAUAUGUCAAGCACCCAUGUUGGCUAUGUACUUACAAUUCCUUAUUAAUGUUAAAUUUUGGUUGGCUGGUUGGUUUCGGAGCUAUUUUCUGAGUGUUUAUUCAUACCAGUUUCUAUUCAAAUGGCAGAAGUAAUGUUUACAUUUUAAACAUGAAUUAAUUGUUCCUAAGCAUAACUUAUCAUGGGCCAGUAUUAAUUAUAGAAUAUUUGGAGAAUAUUUUGUAUUUCAAUAAAGUCAUUAAAUAUG